AUGGGUUCACUACCACAAGGCUGGAGAAAGCUCAACGUCGGUGUGGUGGGCGGCGGGAUUGGUGGCAUGUCUACUGCAAUUGCGCUCCGUCGCGCCGGCCACGAUGUGACGAUUUACGAGAGAGCUGACUUUGCUGGUGAGGUUGGUGCUUCAGUCUCGUGCGCCGCCAACGGCACCCGCUGGCUGCAUGAAUGGGAUGUCGAUGUGGCCAAGGGCGAUCCCGUGGUGCUGAAGAAGCUCAUCAAUCGUGAUUGGAGGACCGGUGAGCCGGUGAGCGUCUACGACCUGGACGACUAUGAACAGCGCUGGGGCCAUGUCUACAACAUGUUCCAUCGACAGUACAUGCAUCAAAUGCUAAAGGACACAGCCUUACAGCUGGAGGGUGAGGGGACUCCAGCCAAGCUUCUGUGUCAGAGCAUCGAUCUAGAAACUGGGGUCAUCACUUUUGUGAACGGAUCUUCUGCACAGCACGACCUGAUCAUUGGCGCCGACGGUAUUGGGUCAGUCGUUCGCACGAUCAUUGGCAUUCGGCCGGAAAAGAAGGCCUCGGACCAGAGCUGUCUACAUGCCAAUGUUCUGACCGAGGAUGCCGUCAAGGCUGGGCUUGUCGACUAUUCUGCGGAUAGUGCACUCGAGUACUGGGGCGGACAAGAGGGCAAAUGGGACAAGAUUGUGCUCUCACCCUGCAACGGCGGCAAACUGCUUUCUUACUAUUGUUUCUUUCCCCGGACAGUGGGAGACUACACCUCACACACAUGGGGCGGCGCAGAUCGUCCUCUUGAAGAGCUGUUGAAUCCAUACCCGGAACUGGACCCUCAAGUAUUGGCACACCUCAAGAUUGGGAAAGAGAUCCAGCCCUGGCGGCUGUGGGUACACCAACCGUAUCCCUAUAUCCACCGCAGCAUGGUCUGCUUGCUAGGUGACGCCGGUCAUCCUAUGAUGCCACAUCAAAGCCAAGGUGCCUGUAUGGCCAUCGAGGACGCCGCCGCUUUGGGUAUUCUCUUCAACAAAAAGUAUUUCAAUGGAGAUAUUGCAGAAUCUCUCGCCGUCUACGACCAGGUCCGACUACCGAGAGCCACCAGAGUCCAGGCUGCCGCUGCAAAGGCAGCCUACAACAUCAACGAACGAAUCGGCUUUUCGGUCAACAAAGACAUACCCACUUACAAAGUCGAAGAUCAGAAGAAAGUCUUGACUAUUGAGGAAAUGAAUGCGUACGUCGGAGAUCUCCCCCAUCCCUUGUCUUCACAUGGUUCUAACGAAUAUAGUUAUGAUAUGUAUAGGGAUAUUGAGGAGGCACUUGCUGAGCGAAGAGGUGUACCCUUUACAGGGAAAUUCAUCAGAGGGUUACCUAUUGGAUUAGAGCUUCCAAAUGGCGUUAUUAUUGGUGCAUAG